GCCAAGUUUGACAACUCAACAUCGGUUAUAAGCAUUUUAAAUUUUGAUUCAGAGAAAGAGAGAGAGAGAGAGCAAAAUGGCACUGGUUGAAACUAGGCCUGCUUUGAGUACUACAACUUCUGUAUUCGAGAGAGGAAGUUUGGGUGUGAAAAGCAUCACAGUCGAGACAUCAAGCCCUUCUUCACCGCCUAACAAAUUGCUAGUGGUGACACCAACUGUACAAGGCACAUACCCUGUUCUAGUCUUUGUUCAUGGCUUCGCCAUGCAAAUCCUUUCCUACAGUGAGCUUCUCGAGCACAUAUCUUCCCAUGGUUUCAUAGUGGUUGCCCCUCAGUGCUCUAUUCUUAGUACUGGUCCCCAAGAAAUCAAUUCUGUAGCGGCAGUCACAGACUGGUUAUCGACAGGCCUUCAAACCGUGCUAGCUGAGUAUAAUGUACAGCCGAACCUCCUCAAGCUUGCUCUUUCUGGCCACAGCAGAGGUGGGAAGAUAGCAUUUGCUCUCGCGCUAGGGCAUGCCAAGACAUCCCUCAAAUUCUUUGCAUUAAUAGGAAUAGACCCUGUCGCGGGGGCUAGUGUAAGUUGCCGGAUACAACCCCACAUUCUCACAUAUGUUCCUCGCUCAUUCGAUUUGGGAAUCCCGGUAUCUGUAAUUGGUACCGGCUUGGGUGAUGAGCCGAAAUGUUGUAUAAUGCCAUUUUCGUGUGCACCGGAUGGAGUGAACCAUGCCGAGUUCUUCACAGAGUGCAAGCCUCCUUGUUGCUACUUCCUUGCUAAGGACUAUGGUCACAUGGACAUGUUGAAUGAUGACACUCUGAUGAGUUGUAUGUGUAAGGGUGGAAAGGGUUCCAAGGACUUGAUGAGGAAAUGUGUGGGAGGGAUCGCUGUGGCAUUCAUGAAGGAUUACUUGGAAGGUGAGAGUUCUGAUCUCAAAGCCAUUGUCAAUGAUCCUACGAUUGCUCCCAUAAAGCUUGAUCCGGUGAUUUUUAUGAAGAAUGAAGUACUCAUUUCAUAAGCAUCUGUUUGAGAGUGAAAAUCAUUUAAUUUUUCAAAUUCAGACUAAAUAAAUUGUUAAGUUAUAUAUGUAAUAAAAGGAUCAUUACCAUAGAGGGUUCUGGAAUGUCAAUUAUGUAUUAAGUAUGUAAUAAAUUAAUAAGUCGAUAUUCAUCUUAUAUAAAUUGCUAUUUUUUUUUUU